UUGUUAAAUAAACAAAAUAAUUAAAAAUGGGGGGAUAGGGGUGGAGGAGUGAAAUUUUAAACUGAUUUAAGAAAAUUGUCAUGUCAAACAAUAUACCGUGGAAAUACAGUCUGCACGGCAUACCAAAAAAUAAAAUAAUUAAGAAAAGUGAUGUUGGAAGUACCACAGCAAGAUAAAACACUGCAACAAUCUGAUCGCCAAGAUUAUAUUUGACCUAGUAAGUCUGUACAAAAUAAAUCCAAAAUGGCGAGCGGACCAAGCAUUGUGGAACAAGUGAAGAAAUUCCAGGCACUACAAGAAGAAAGAGUUUUAACAUAUAAACUUUUUGAGGAGGGCUUCCAGGCGUAUUUGCGAGGGGCACCACACUACAACUUUCCCAUAUACAGACAACUUGUCCAUGAAAUAACACAGACGUUCAAAAAUAUUUCGUCAGAUGUUAUAGAUAUAAUAGAAAGUCUAAAGAAUCAAAACAAGAAUAUUAUUGGAACAUUGAUGGAACAGAUUCAAAAUGAAGAACAACUUAAACUUGAACUGACAGCCAAACUUCAGUUCGCUGAACAGAACACAGUAGACCACCCUCAUGAAGAACUCCACAAAACUGAAGUUACAGAUCUCAGACAAAGAAUAAAAAGCGGAAUACAACAAAUAAAUGAGUAUUUGGAGGAACUGAAGUUCGAGUGUGAAGAUCUGUACACUGAAAAUGACUGCGAGAGAUGAAUAGUGUUGGUAAUGUGUGUCAAGUGUACAUCUCCAUGGAAUCAUUAACAUUGUACUGACAGUUCAUUACCAGCACUCGUCGGUGUAGGUACAUGGCUGUAAAUGUGAUCAUCAUCAUGUGCCUAUCAGGACCAAACAUUUGAGACAAUGUUACAUUCACCAAUUUAGAAAAAUGACCGUUGUUUAUUGCUUUUGUUACUACAUAUUUCAGCCGUUUAAUAAUUGGAUAAACAUUCUUUCUGUUAACUUGAUCAUUGUGUAUAAAGUGUUAUUUUUUUUUA